AUGUACCAGUUGAAACAGCUUGGCUUAAUACAUAUGAAAGAUUAUCACCGCGCUGGAAAUCCAUUCGUCCUUCCUUCUCAGGAAGGAAUUGAUGCACUGGAAGAGGUGAUUUACCAUCUUGAAACGUAUGAUGUGACAACUAUUAGAGCCAGCACACCCAUGUUUCUCAUGUCCCGAAAAAUCAAGUCUUUGGGAGUAAAAAUGGUUCUUUCUGGAGAAGGCUCUGAUGAAAUCUUUAGUGGCUACUUGUAUUUCCACAAGGCACCUAACAAGGAGGAGUUCCACGAGGAAACUUGCCGAAAGAUUCAACGUGAUAUUGGGAGGAUUGAGAAGUGGGUCUUGCGCAAUGCAUUUGAUGAUGCUGAAAACCCUUAUCUGCCAAAGCACAUUCUGUAUAGACAAAAGGAACAAUUCAGUGAUGGAGUCGGAUAUAGUUGGAUUGAUGGUUUGAAGGAUCAUGCAAACCAACAGGUUACUGAUUCAGUGCUAACAAAUGCAACUUUUGUUUAUCCCGAAAACACCCGUACGACAAAAGAAGUGUACUACUAUCGGACAAUCUUUGAAAAGUUCUUCCCAAAGUUAAAGUUGCAAUUCUCCCCUACUGACUGCUUUAGCAAAUGGUUGCACUUGUCUUUUAAAGUUUGGGAUUCUACCAAGAAUAUCCCAACUUUGGGUCAGACCAAUACAGUUUAUGCCAUUGAUCUUCUUGGUUUUGGUGCUUCUGACAAGACUACUGGCUUCGAAUACACCAUGGAAGCAUGGGCAGAGUUGAUAUUGGAUUUUUUGGAUGAAAUUGUCCAAAGGCCUAGAGUGUUGAUUGGGAACUCUGUUGGAAGUCUUGCUUGUGUUAUUGCUGCUGCAGGUUAUAAUAGGUUAUGUGAGUUGGGAGCUGAAAUUAAUGAACUUGAAAAGCAAAGAGACAAACUUGAAACUGAAUUAAAGAAGGUCAAAAACUUGUUGGCUUUUGCAAAUGGUCGUUUUCAAAAUGCCACAGAAGAAAGGGAACAGUUUGAUGAUAUGCUAAUAACCAGCUUCUUGUACACUUCAAGUCAAAGAGUAGAAGCAGAUACUUGUAAUGCAUUUGUUGAGUUUCUAGAAGCUGCUUGGGAUUUACAGUAUUCUUUUAUGGAGGAAAAGGAAAAGAAGGUCAAUGAUGAAUUGGAGACUCAUGAAGAAUACUUUAUAAAUGUGGCUAGGAGUCUUUUAAGGAUGCACCGGACUCGCUAUUGCCAUUUCGAACAAAGAAAAAGCCUUGAAAAUGCAUAUGUAGCUGUAGAAACCAAGGUUCUUACUAUCUUUGGUGCAACAGAUAGUGUUAAAGAGCAAUUUUACCAAGCAAAUGAUAAUGUUUUUAGCCAAGAUGAACUCAUUUAA